AUGAGGCGAGACGAGGCGACAACUACCUGCCCCUUUCUUUCUCCCUUCUUACCUGUCCCCGCCCCCCCCUUCCCCCGCCACGUCGCCCCCCCCUUUGAUUCCUCAAAAUUGCUGGAAUAUGGAUGUACUUCAAGUGGCGUGGAGUACGACGAGGUCGACGACAAUGGCGGGGCGAUUGGCGAGGCGGCGGUCCAGAUCCCGAAAGUUUCGAGUAGAAGGACUCAAGGUCGGAAAGGCACCCCCUUUUGUGUGCAGCCUAUCUUCCCUCGCCUCCACCGAGGGAUGAUGGAGUCUCCGGAAGCCGUGGUUCACAAUGGUGUGUGCAACUCAAUCAACGGGGUUGGAGGUAGUACUCCUCAUAAACAAUAA